AUGACAACACUCUGUCAGCGACUAGCACAUCCAUUCCGGCGCCCUAUCCACUAUUAUACGAUUGCAGAGCCCCCUCUUACGCCCGAGCAGCUUCGGGGGCAACAGGAGAAGGAGAAGCAAAGAAUAUUGGACAGGAUUGAAAAUGAUCUGGACGAUGGUCGGGUGGGGCCAAGAGGAAGUAAUUCUUCAGACAGCCUUCCCGUGAUCAUCGACAGAGGCCCCUACAGGGGGUGUUUAUAUCCAAAAGAUCAACUAUAUUUCAACAGUGUCAUGCUAGCAGCGGAUUCAGAGCCCAAAUAUGCUGGCCCACCUGAUGGGGAGCUGAGGCAAGAGACUCACAAGACCCCAACUCAGCGUCCAAAUGGUAACAAUGAUAAGGGCCCCUCGGCACAACCCGUGCCUAGCGAAUGGAUGGCCACUUUGAGGAAUGAAAAGGAUCAAAAAGAAUGGGAAGGACGAAAUAGCAUCAAUCUCACACCAGCGCGUGCUAAGCCUUCGAGUAAUAUACCGCCCCAGAGAGCGCCAUCGCCGCCUCGAGGACCGAUCACACCCGGCACACAGGAGUGGGACAGGUUCAUGGACUUCCCAUUAGAUAAUCCCUACCACAUAUAUUAUAACGAUGACCGUAAGCAGUCUGAUGAGGAUCUUGCCGCUUCGAAUGCCCCGAUCUUAUCAAAACCAACAGUUGUGACCGAACCACAGGUCCCUUUGUGGUCCCAUAACAUUCAUGCUCGUUCAGAAGCUCAGUUGGGAUGUCCUGUACCGCCGAUUCCGACAAGUAUCCCAGUAAAACCGCUCGAUAUCCCAUCGAUCCAACCUGAACCGACGCAAUCACUGACAUGGAAAUCAGCAUUGAAGAGUAUUCUGUCCCACUGGGGAGUCGACCCUGCGACGAGAGCUUCGGUUAGGGAAAGGACGCAGUGUAGCUCUACUAUUCGAAGAUCAGAAUGCCAAGAGACGCCUCUUCUUACCCCUGCGGACAUCGGUCUUGUGCCCAAUUUCAGCUACCCAAUCGCUGCAAGUGCAUUUUAUGACCGCAUUGAUGCGGCACGGACACCUCGAGCACGAUCACCCCAGGAGAAAGAGCAGCGACAAGAAGAGUUGUUGCCAAAUGGUGUUCACUCUGAGCACCAUAGUCAUGAAAGCUCAAAUGACACACUCUAUCGUGACCCAUUUCCUUCGAACUGGCCUUUACAAGGAGGGCAGGGUAGAGAACAUGUUGCAUUGACGAAUGGUGUUCCGCCAGGAUAUUACCCAUCAUCAAGCUCUAGUAGCUCCAGCAAUACUAUCCCUGACCCUCGUCCGCGCUCUCCGUUUCCUCCCAAUCUAGUAUCAGAACAGGUAUCUGCGUUGCUCCGUUCCCUCCUCACAUCGCCAGAGCUCGAGCUACACUAUCAGAUAGUCCAUGAGACAGCGCCUGUAGGUACUUUAUCGCAAUCUGGACUCGAGACACAUGCACAGCUCAUCAAGAAACUCACCGCCACGGUCUAUGGGCUCCAAGACUGCAUUACCGGACUAGAGGACAACCUCGUGCCGCAACUCAGCAUAUAUCUCCAGCAAAAGGACCGCGAGAUUGAUGAUCUGGAUGUCGACAUAUCGCAGCUCAGAAAUGAAAUCAGUGAGCUGAGGCGAACUGUAGAUUUCAGUGCCAGGAUUCUGAGCCAAUGUCGAGAUCGCGAAUGGGAGGUCUGGCGCACAUUACUUGACAUUCAACGAAAGCGUGAAGAAAGGCGUAGUUCUCUCUCACGUGUCUUCUCCAGAUCAAGAUCGGGUACGGUGCAACAUGCUGAGGUGGCUAACCUUAAUGCACAACUCAAUGCAGCACAGGCUGUAGCUUCCGGAAAUGCGGACAGGGGCGUUCUCAAGAAAAAGGAACUCGAUGCUCUUCUACUCAUGGCAAAGCAGAAUGUUGGAAUAAUUGAAGAGGACAUGAAAGAAAUGGCGGAGAUGGUGCAAGCGUAUCUGAUGAGGAAUGGGGAUGCUGAAAAGGAGGAGGAGUAA